GAACUCACAAGAAAUGAUUCAUCCGUCGACAAAAUACCCGUCAAAUCCUCUAUCGCACUUCCUGUCCGGCGUCUCCACGCCCGGCCCCAUCGCCAGCCACCAUCAUCCACCCGUGCAGACCCUGAGUGAUCUCGAGAAUGGCCACAACACACCCCUCGAGGUGGUGAACGGCAGCAUUGGCAAGUCCUUCACCAUUGCCGCAAUCUUGGGCUUGAAGAAGAAUGCCGCAGCUGCCGCUGCUGCGGCCGCAGACAACAACAAUCGCUCCUUCGAGGACGUCAUGAAUCUCUCGCUCAACCACAACAUGUCCAGCGACAGCUCGAAGAGUGUUGGCCACUUUGCCGACAACCAGAGAUUGAUCAGUCUCGGCGCGAGCAAUCUGCCCCGACUUCCGGGCAUCUCGACACUCUCGCCGCACUACGCGCAUCACCCACCGUCUGCCCUGCAGAGUCUCCAGCAACUGCACCAGCAGCACUCGUCAUCAGCAGCCAAUCACCUCAACUUCCACCAGCGCGAGCGGAACAGAAGCGAGCACAGUGUGUCGAAAAAGUCCUCGAUGAAGAGCAAAAGAGUGCGAACGAUCUUCACUCCGGAACAAUUGGAGCGACUUGAGGCGGAAUUCGAGAGGCAGCAGUACAUGGUGGGACCUGAGCGGCUGUAUCUGGCACACACUCUUCAGCUCACAGAAGCCCAGGUGAAGGUCUGGUUCCAGAAUCGACGGAUAAAGUGGAGGAAGCACCAUCUGGAGCUGACACAGCAACGACUGGCCAUCCUGCGACAGAGUCAAAUGACUGCUUCCGGUGCUGCAGCGAUCAGCAAUGCCCUGCCGUCCGUGGAGACGGACUUGGGCACCUGCAGCGACUCCAUGGAGGCCACGAGUGGCCAGGAGGACAACUGAGAUAUGACUGGCGGAGCCACAAACCAAAGUACAGGGAGUUUCAUCACACUAGCGUUUGAAUGUACAUAAGAAAAAAUCACUUGUAAAUAUUUC